AACCGUUCGGCUUUGGCGGCGCACCAGCCCAACCGUUCGGCUUUGGCGGCGCACCAGCCCAACCGUUCGGCUUUGGCGGCGCACCAGCCCAACCGUUCGGCUUUGGCGGCGCACCAGCCCAACCGUUCGGCUUUGGCGGCGCACCAGCCCAACCGUUCGGCUUUGGCGGCGCACCAGCCCAACCGUUCGGCUUUGGCGGGGCACCAGCCCAACCGUUCGGCUUUGACGGGGCACCAGCCCAACCGUUCGGCUUUGGCGGGGCACCAGCCCAACCGUUCGGCUUUGGCGGGGCACCAGCCCAACCGUUCGGCUUUGGCGGGGCACCAGCCCAAUCGUUCGGCUUUGGCGGCGCACGAGCCCAACCGUUCGGCUUUGGCGGGGCACCAGCCCAAACGUUCGGCUUUGGCGGGGCACCAGCCCAAACGUUUGGCCUCGGUGGGGCGACGGCCUAUCCAAUCAGCCCAUACGCCCCGCCAUUUAGCUUCGGUUGCUUCCUCGCACCUCCAGUCGGCUUCUCCAACAUGCCUGCCCUCGCAUUCUGGUUCGUCGGCCCGUUUACCACAUCCAACGGCCCAUGGGGCGCGUCCUGGACGUUUCAGAGUUCUGCCAACACGUCCGCCUCAUCGUUCAGCUUCCCAAGCCCCAGUUUUCCGGAGUUCAGCUUCGCGACCCCGACAUCCGGUUUCGGCGCCGCAUCACCUUUCAACCCCAGCGGCAUGCCGCCGGCCCAAGCCUCCGGCUUCGGGUCCCCGCAGCACGCCUCUGGUGCGCCUGCUGGCAGCAGAUGGUUGGCCUACUGGCGGACCCCAGCUCAUGAGGGGGACUCCUCGGGACCGAUCUACCUCCAUUCAAUCUCCGCUCUCCUGGGAGCUAGGCAACCGCCACAGCAUUCGUCACAUGAGGAGCUGCGUUGGGAGGACCACCAAUGGAACCAGGAUCAUGGUACGGCAGCCGGCAGUGAAAGGGUGGUUUACCGGCGGACCCCCGAAACCCGGGACUCAGCAGGUGCGUGCGAUGUCCUUACUUCCAUAUCCGCUGUCUUGGAGGAUCAGCGACCGGCUGUGUUCAAAUCCCACGAGGAGCUGCGAUGGGAGGACUGCCAGCGCGGAUCGAAACACGGCAAUGCACCGCCCAUUCGGAGGGGGCACCCGAGAGGGCCCUGUAGCAUGCCCACACCCGCUGCUGAAGCCUCACCCGGCCCCUCAGGCGCAUCCACAAGUGGUGCAGCGGCUGCCGGCCGCCGGCCUUUUUCCAUGUCAAUAGGUGCAUUGGCCUCUGCUGCGAGAAGCUCUUUCAGGGCCAGUGCUGACAGCAUAUCAUCAUUUCUUGGCAGCUCCAAGACCGCAGCAGCAACCGCUUCACGGUCUGGCACUGACGGCAGUAGUGCCGGCAGGAGUGCCGGCGGGGGUCCAGCCGGGCCGGCAGGAAGCGCAGCUACGGUCGGGAUGACUGCGGAAGGGCUGCAGCGCGCGAGGGUGCGUGAAGAAGGCGAGGCGGCAGCAGGGACAGCACCUGCAGCUUCGCCUUCCGGCAGCGCAGCAGCGGCAGCAGCACCUGCAGCGCCACCCUCAGGUAUUGCAGCAGCGGCAGCAGCACCUGCAGCGCCACCCUCCGAAAGUGCAGCUGCAGGCGCUGCAGUGGUGUCCCCAGCAUCAGGCGGCGGCAGCAGGGGUCCCCAUGCUCACCGCAAUGCGGCCGAGGACGCGGCAGAGGGGGCGGAGGCGGCGGUUGCAGCGACGGUAAGCACUGGAAGCACCGCUAGCGUCAGCAUCCCUGCUAACGAGGGUGGCGGUGCCGGCCCUUCCACUGGAGGUGUGGCGGCGGCGCCGCCGCCAGGCGUCGACUCUGGCGGCGACGCGCGGACGAGUGCGAGUGGUGACGACAGGGCGAAUGGCGGAGCCGGCCGCAGCGCCGCAGCCCCUGUGGGUGGUGACGGCGACCGGCUUCGCAACGCCCUGGAGCCGGACCCCUUGUUCCUGUGUCCCAUUACGCUCGACGUCAUGGAAGACCCUGUGGUCGCCACCGACGGCUACACCUACGAGCGCUCCGCCAUCACCAAGUGGCUGAUGACACGCAAGAGGACAAGCCCAAUAACAAACCUACCGAUGCCGGCCGAUACCUCUCUCAUUCCUAACCGUGCGGUGCGGUUAGCCAUUUGCGAGUGGAAGCAUAAAACCGGACAGCUGUAGCGAGUAGCAAUGCAGUAUGUAGAUUAUGGCAGCUGGAAUUGCAGCAGACUUGGCCGCAGGAUUGCAUGUUGCCGGUUGAUGUUCGUAAGCCUAUACAUGAGGCUUCCCCUACCUGCUGUUGGGGACACAUGGCAGGGCCCAAGGGCUGCUGUAGCAGCGUUACCGUACGUAACGCGAAUGUAGCAGCUGGGGAUGUGCAGGUAUGGGGGAGCAGGAUUGGAUAAGGAGGAAUGACGGGAGUGGUACCAGCGGUUGGUACCAGGCGGACACGUGCUUUCCCCAUGUUCCCAGCUGUAGGGGACGCGGGGCAGCUGGCAGGAGCCCAGGGGACUUAGGCAGAGGUGUUGAAUGUAGGCAGGGCUCUUGGACGUGGCGUGCGUACGACGGUAGACAUGCAUGUACGGUGUCUCAUCUGUUGUGCGCAGAGUGGCUUGUACUGCGGAACAGCCUGGAUGCUUGGCUUUUGUAGUCGUAUAGGGCCCAUUAGCCCAUUGCACAAACUGCAUCCAUGUAGAGUUGAGAGGCCAUCCAUAUAAAGUGGAUUGAGGUCUGUAAUGAUUAGCAGUUUAAUGUAUGUUCAUAUGCUUUAAAGCGCCUUUGUGGGACCGAUGCGGAGUCACGGGGGAGAGUGAUGAAAGUCGGGCUGAGUUGUGAAAGGGCUGCGUCCGGCAAUGUAAGCAUGUAAGAUGUAACACGCAACGAG